AGGAGAUCUUGUUCUACCGGACGGCAUUCAAAGGUGCACGUACUGUGUAAUCGCUGUUUCCUUGGCAACAAGAUUUCAUUGUUUAUCAUCAAACUGCUACCGAUUUAUUUUAACAGAAGCCGAGAUUCAGGCCGGAAACGUCAGUUAGCGAAGAACCGGUUCAAAUGGAGGAAGAACUGUUCGCUGUGUCAUGUUCUUCAGCUGCAGAAGCAGCCUUCGAUGCUGUUAUUGGCUGCAUAUUGGAAAUCAUCAUGGAGGAGGAGUUUCAGCACCGCCAGCAAACCUUCAUGGAUAAACACUACCUGGAGUUUGAUGAAUCGGAUGAGAACAAGCUCAGCUACACAUCAAUCUUUAAUGAAUACGUGGACCUGUUGGAGAAGCCCCUGGAGCAGUAUCUGAUGAAGAGGAUUCCUGGGUUCAACAUGAACACCUUCACAGAGCUGCUCAUGCGGCACAAAGAAGAAGCCCCAGAUGAGAUCUUUGACAUGUUGCUGACGUUCACAGACUUCGUGGCCUUCAAGGAGAUGUUUGUAGAAUACAGAGCUGCAAAAGAGGGCAGAGGUUUGGAUCUGAGUCAGGGUCUGGUGGUGACGUCCUUAAACCCUGCAAGCUCCACUGGACCCUCCUGAACUGACUGAAAGGCCCACAGACCUUCUGGACUCUCCUGUGUCUACAUACAGGAACCAUCAUGUCUCAUGUUGUUGAUAGAAUAAAAGAGUCUGUGUGUAGUUUUUAACAUUUUUAACCUUUGACCUUAUAGUCAUCCUGUCGCUCACAUGUUACCAAAUAAAUCAUUUUUAUUCCAA